ACUUUAAUUAUUGCUUCUUAAUUAACUUGGAUGAAUGGUUUUCAAUUCUUCAUUUUAUUAGUUGGUUUGUUCUUAUUCAUCUAAAAUAGCAAUGGACAUCUUGAAGUUCCUCUUUCACUUGUUCAUAUUAUUUCCUGUCAUAUAUACCUCAGAAGACUAUUGUCGAAAUUCUUGGUGCAGUGAGAAUAACAUCCUUAUUCGUUUCCCUUUUCAAUUAGAAGAUGAAGGUGAUCGAUAUCCUUAUUGUGGCUAUCCUGGUUUCAGCUUAACUUGUACUAAUGAUAGCAAAACAGUUCUAACACUUCCUUAUUCGGGAGUUUUCUAUGUUCGCAGAAUUGAUUAUCUCGGACACCACAUACAAGUCUAUGAUCCUCAUCAUUGCCUUCCAAAUCGUCUUCUAAGCCUCAACCUUUCAGGUUCACCUUUUGAUACUGAAUUUCUUACUAAUUACACCCUCUUGAGUUGCUCAACUCCUAACCUAGGAUCGCAAUUCACACCCGUUGAUUGUCUUAGCAAUUCUACACAUUUUGUAUCAGCUACUCCUUCAUUGAGCUUCCCCAAUUCAUUGCCUCAGUCUUGCCAUGUUAUUAGAAAUAUCUCAGUUCCAGUUACAACAUCAUAUCAGGAAAUUUUCAGUGAAGAUCUUCAACUAACAUGGUCUUCACCUGAUUGUAGAUAUUGUGAAUUACUAGAUAGCAUGUGUGGAUUUGAGAGCAGAAAUAGUAAUCAUGUUCGUUGUUCCCCUAAUCACCAAACAGAAGUCAGAACUUUUCCAUUUUCAGACCGUUCGCGAGAUGGUCAUUCACACGGUAGUCUUUUGAUUUCAAGAAUCAUCAUAUUAUCGAUUGGGGGAAUAGCUAUGUUGUGUGCAAUUGGGAUAGGAUGCUUAACGCACUUCAAUCGCAGAAGAAGGACAAUAUCAGAUGAACCUGCCAUUGACAUUACCAUUACAAGGAUGAGGAUGGGUUUAGAUGAGUCAACAAUUGAGUCUUUUGAGAAGAUUGUAUUAGGGGAGAGCCGAAGACUUCCGGGAGUAGGACACACUGAUGGAACCGGAUGUUGUUCAAUAUGCCUAUCAGAGUACAACGGCAAGGACAUAAUCAGAUGCAUUCCUGAAUGCAAACAUUGUUUCCAUGCUCACUGCAUCGAUGCAUGGCUUCGCAUGAAUGCUACAUGCCCAAUUUGCCGCAACUCUCCCUCCGCUAGUCAUUCUCAUUUUCACAUAUCAUCAUCAUGAAUCAAUUUACAGAACCAUUGCUUGUAAAUCACACCAUCAGAAAUUGGGAUAUAUGUAUUAGUGUAUAUAGGUAUAGAUAGGGCUUUCCAUAUUUUGAAUCUGCCUUCUGAUGAAUAUUUGUUAAAUUUAUUCUCAAUAGUUUUCAUUUUGUAUGGAAUUAAGUUAAACAGGAUAAAAGCUACAUGAGGUGAUCAAACUUUGGGAUUCAUUUUGCAGUUCUAAUUUAGAGACCUUUCAAAAUU